CUCGCAGCGCAACCUGCAGCCAGCCAGAGUGCGGCGGAGCCACUGCGGGGAUCCGGCUGGAGUGACGCGCGCGCCCGAUGAGUUAAGGGAGCGCCACCACGCAUCAUCGCGACCAGUUUGGGAGAAUCUGGUUUUAGUGUAACCUGGACUGGAUCAAGUGGUUGCAUUUCUCAGGUGCACCCACUCGCUCCGGGUUCGCUUCUCCGGCGGUUUGGAGGAGGGGGGAACUGCUGGAAGAUGGGACAAGCGGGCUUCAGCACCAAGGAGAGCGGCCAGUUUCUUCUCCUGGGUGCGUCUCUGCUACUGCUGCUGCUGUCGGUGUCGGUGGGCGAGCAGGAAGGCGAAAACCUGUCGGGCCUGUCGGACAAUCCCGACCGAGCCAUCUUCGCCGUGCGGGAGAACGAGACCACGUGUCUCAUGGUGGAGUUCGCCGUCAAACUGGUGGUGCCCUACGACGUACUGGCGCUCAACCGGAUCGACCUGAUCACCGAGCAGGCGUCGUUCACGCUGCCUCGCGGCGCUCAGAUCGACGGCAAGUGUGGCAGCACCGAGUCCGAGAUCCACAUCAGCUGGAAGAAGAACGCAUACGUGCUGCGCAUCUUCUUCUCCAAGGAGCUGCGAGCCAAAGGUGCGGAAGUGUGGAAAAUCAGCAAGGUUCAGUUUGUGUACGACACAUCAGAAAGUUCUCACUUCAUCAACGCCUACAACCCGGGCAAGCACACGGCGAGCACCCACCACCUGUCGGCGUUGGUGACGCCGGCCGGCCGUUCGUUCGUGUGCGCCGCCCAGCAGACGCUGACCCUCAUCAGCAGCGACCACCAGAAGGGCGUCACCGUCCACAUGUACGACAUCCAGAUUCAACCCUUCGACAUGACCGCCGACUUUGUCUUCAGCGAGCCGUACAAGUGCAUCACGGACCAGCGCGAGCGCCUGGAGGAGACUCUGCCGCUCAUCCUGGGCUUCAUCCUGGCGCUCGUCAUCGUCAUCAUGCUGACCGUCUACCACUUCCACCUCAAGCUGAGCGCCAGCCACACGCCGCCGCAGCUACCGCACGACCGCUCCCUGUACAAAAACAUGUAGAGGACUUCCUCCUGCACUUGGAGCGUCUCCGGCCUUGCAUGGAUGUUCGCACAAAACCCUGCGCAUCUGAUAAGCCGUUUCAGCGUUUAUUCCAUAACCUUGACAUUCACUUUAAGGUCCGUUCACCAGUACGCUCUUUGUCCUCAUUAGUAAGACAAUUGAACGCACUAUGUUACGGCUUUCCGUAGCGCUUGUCUCUUUAAGUGUCAUCAUCUUCCUCCUGUGUUGGGAAUCGCUCCCUAGCAACUGUAGAGUGCGCUAAAAUAGUCAGUUUGGCAUUUCGUACAGCCAUUCAAUGUAUCGGGAGCAUCACUAUAUCGGAAAUUUUCUCCAGUUAUUCUAUAGGGCACAAUAUAGUGGAAAGGGAGCGAUUCUGAACCAGUUCAACAUUUGUCGUCGUUUCUUCGCUGCUAAAAGUCGUCUUGUCGUCAUUUCUUGUUGCUUUUGGAGCGUGUGUGUGAAACAAACGCAAAAGGACACAAGCCUGGUCAAAUGUGUAAAAUGUUAUUUUCCUGAAAAACUAUGCAUAAAAACCUCUGCUGAAAA